AUGCGUAGCUCAAAGAACUCUGUAGAACAUGUAACUACAGCGCCAUACAAUCAUAGAUCUAAGGGACAAGCAGAACGCUUUGUUGAUACCUUCAAGCAAGCCCUAAAAAUGUCGGAUAAGGAAGUCACGGAUGAAGUAGCUCUACAACAAUUCUUGAGAGUAUACCACAUGGCACCAAAUCCAAACACACCAGCACGUAUGUCACCAGCGGAGCUGAUGUUUGUGAGGAAAGUAAUAUCAGUCUUCGAAAAAUUGCUAUCUGGCAAGAAAAGAAAAUUUGCAAUGGAGAAUACAGCAAGAAUUUUCAAAAUUGGUGAAAAGGUAUUUGUGAGGGCAUAUAAGAACAUAAAGAAGAGUUGGGAAGAUAGUGUGACUACCAAACGCAUAGGAAAAGUGCUAUACUUAGUAAAUAGUAGAAAAGGCGUAUACAAGAGACACAUGAACCAACCGAAAAAGAGAUUCGUUGAGAGUGAACCCAAGAAAAUGGAAGAACCAAUGGAAUGGUUAUAUUAUACCUUUCAAGCACCAACGCCACUAUGGGAGAUUGAACCCAGACCCACAAGCAUAAGAAAAAGAAAAAUGCACGGAGUUCCUGAAAGUGGAAGCCAAACAGAAAAAAUAUUAAAUGUAUAA